CCAAAUGGCUACAAUUAUCCAGAGCCCAAAAAUCCACUGUUUCUCACUCUCAGUCAACCUACAUAAGUUCCACAAAUUCCUCAACACGAAACCCCAACAAAGCAUUUGCUUUAAAACACCUCCUACAUAUGUGGUAAACAAUCAAUUGCAGGGACGCAGGACAACAAACCAACAACUUGUUUACGAAAAUUUCAUUCGCAGGACAACAAACAAAAAACAAUGAAUGACAAAAAAGUGCAAAUAAACAAACGAGGAAAGGGACGUGUAAGCCGGGAAGAGAUACAGGCAUGGAGCAAAGAGGAGCUUAUAGCUAAGGUAUUACAACUGGAUGCAUACAACUUUCAAAUUAGGAAUUUAUUACAAAAGAAGCUGGGUCAAAGUGAUGGCGAGUUCUACGAACAACUCGCCCAGUUGGAGUCCAAUGAAAGGUCAACAGCGGUUAGAGCGCCGGAACCUGUGCUGCAGCCCAACAAAAUACAACAAAAACGCCAAUUCGACUUUAAUAAGAGCUACAAACGACAUGUUCUGAUAAAAUUCCUCUAUUUCGGAUGGGAUUAUCACGGUUUGGCAGUACAGGAAGACUCAAAUGCUACAAUAGAGCACCAUCUAUUCCAAGCGCUAAUUCGCACCUGCCUUAUUCAGUCACGCGAAUCCGCAAAUUACCAUCGAUGUGGCAGAACAGAUAAAGAAGUGAGUGCAUUUUGCCAAGUAAUCUCCAUAGAUUUGCGUAGUAAAUUUCCACCAGAUGAGCAGUUGAAGACGGAAUCAUUAGCCAAUGAAAUUGAUUACUGUUCUCUCUUGAAUCGCGUAUUGCCGCGCAGUAUACAAGCGGUGGCAUGGAUGCCUUUGCGUAGCCCAGUGUAUAGCGCACGGUUUGACUGUGUCGAGCGUACAUAUCGUUAUUACUUUCCAAUAGGUGAUUUAAAUAUAGAAGCGAUGCAGAAGGGAUGUGAACUGUUAGCAAGGCAUACAGACUUUCGAAAUUUCUGCAAAAUGGAUGUUAAUAAUGGCGUGACAAAUUACAUAAGGCAAAUAUUUAAAGCUAGUGUACGGAGGUGUGAGGUAGAACAGAAUAAUAAGAAUGCUGAAGACGGUUAUGCGAUGUAUAUGUUAGAGAUAAGAGCUAAUGCUUUCCUCUGGCAUCAAAUACGCUGCAUUAUGGCGGUAUUGCUGCUCAUUGGAGAAGGCAAGGAGCAGCCCGAGGUUAUAGAUGAAUUACUGGACGUACAGAAAAAUCCAUGUAAACCACAGUAUACGCCUGCAAUUGGCUUGCCCUUAAACCUUUUCCAUUGCGAAUAUCGUAAGCAUACAAUACAGCCCGCUGAUAAUACAUCACGUGAUGUAUGUGCAGAGGAUGAGGCCGAGCACACUACUGCUUGGAUAUAUGGUGAUGAACAUCUGCAAAAACUUAUUGAAACUGUACAGGGCGAAUGGACGCAGUACAACAUUAAAAGUACUAUGAUACGAGACGUACUGCACCAAUUAGAGCAAAUACGCCAAAAAGAUCAUAAGUGCGCAGAGCCAGUGAAUGCUCAGGCUUGGUUACUGCAAGAUGGUGUGCGUCCGCGUCAAUAUCAGCAGCUUUUGAACCGUAAACGUUGUGAGAGCUUGGAAAAUCGUAUUGAACAUUUUAUCAAAAAGCAACGUUUAAUUGUCACCGAUGAGCCUGCAGCGAAGUUAGACACAAUUUCUGCAGCGGUUAACAAGUGAUAAUUUAAAUUACGUUUAAUA